GUCACGGCAAUGACGUUUCAAUGCUUUGGAUAGGGAAGUGUGCCAAGCGCUCUCGCGAGAUGUGAGCUGUCAUGCUGGUGACCGCUGCACGGUGUGUGCUUUGCUGUAGCCGGCGGUUCUCCGCAAACUUCUGGGGGAAGCGGGAACAUGCUCUGGGGAGGGUGUCCGUGUUGGGUCGCAGGGCCAGCAGCAACCACACGGCCUCCGUCAGCGAUACUCGCCGCAUGCCUACCGUGGAAACGGUGACAGACAGCGAGCACUGGGCUAAUUAUCUCAGGAUACUGGAGACCUGGUGGGGGGAAGCUGGUCCCACGUCCAAGGUGCCCACCUCAACUGAGGCAAAGGACUCCAAUGGGGAAGGGCAGAGGCAUCACACGGGGGAAAGGCCUGACAAGAGGCAUUCACGGGGGCUGCACAGGGUAAUCCCCUUAGUCCAGGAGUUGAGGGUCAAGGAGAAUGAGCUGGAAGAGCUACAGCAACUUCUGGGAGGUGAGAGAUAACAUGUAAGAUGUAUUACAGUCUGAGUCAUUUGGAAAAGAUCAUUUUCAGAAGUUCUCAGUAUAUUUUCUUGUUAAGACACUCCCGGCAUAAAGGAGUGAAACCGCCACUUAGUAGAGCUUCACCUUUACAGGCACAACUACUUUAGAACCACAAACUUCCGAACUGGAACCAGGGGAAUGCUCAACUCCCGAACGUUAAUUCCACGAAUCGCUGCCAACAGAUGAACAGACACAGCAUCCAAACGCCUUACAUUUUCGGCAGUCAGUCUCUAUCCGUGUAUAGUAAAUUUCCCCCCCCCCCCAUCACGAGACCAAGCCUAUUGAGGGUAAAACAAGAUCUGGCUUUAAUGAGGGCUACCUGCCCGUAUUUAUGCAGGUCUCCCACUUGGUGGACACUCCCCUAGGGGACGAAAUGGGAGACUGUAACAAAGGACAGACAGGUAUCAGAUCAGGACACACAGUCACAAUACAUCCCCUCAAUGCACCCUGGCUUCAUCCUCUCUGCCCUGGAGAUAAUUUAGAAGUAAUUCAAUUAUCUCCUAGGACAAAGGCAAAUCGCCAUUAUACACGUGGGGACACCAGAAUAGAAAUUACUGUUAAAAUAUGCAGUGUCACUAUAAAUACAGACAUAUAACAUACCCCCAGAUAGCUCAGGUCUGAGUGCACAUUAUUAGGUGAAUGGCGCUCAGACCACACGAAUACAGUUGAAUCGCCAUGGAGCCAAAGUCUUUAAUUCCACAAACAGGCUCCAUGGCAUGCUAUCUGGGUACCCUCACAUGUAAUACAGUAUAUGACAUAAAGUCCCGAAUGCUCCGCUGUUCGGUUCACGAACGGAGCGGAAGACCCGUAGGCUGGUAGUUCAGCGGUGCUUGGGAGGAAAGGUUUCUGCUUUUGGUGUACUGAGGCUGGGCAGAGCACCGCUGGCUGUCCGGGGGAGCUUCCAUAACACCGCCACCGUGUGGCGGUUAUGUGUAACCGUGACCACCCAAUCACAGUUAAUUAAGCUGCGGUUAACCGCAGAUACUGGGUGGUCAAUUGACUACACAUGCCAGCUUCCCGGUGGUCGCGUAUUCGGUAGUCUUUCGAGAAACAAUACGGGGAAACAGGGGGGACUGUACGGGCAAAGAAAUAACAGAACAAACAGAUGAAUGGAGGGAGGAGAAACAUAAUCCAAAGACAGAUGGUUCUGUCACAUUUUUUAUAUCUGUUUUCUGAACAUUCUUUUUUUUUUUUUUAUAUAUAUUUUGUAGAAGAGAAUGAAGAUUUAAAGGCUCUUGCAAAUACAGAAAUCGAAUCCUGCCAGGAUGUAAUAAACCAACUAAAACAUCAGGUAUAGUUGUUACAUUUGUUUUGUGUGCGUGUGUAUAUAGAUAGUGUCCAAAGAGAGUAAAUAUACAGUGUGAUCCUCCAAUGUAAUAAAAUAAAUUAAAGGGACACUAAAGUCACCUGAACAACUUCAGCUUAAUGAGGUUGUUCAGGUGAGAACUAUAGCUCCCUGCAGCCUUUCUCAUGUAAACACUAUAUUUUCAGAGAAAAAACUGUUUACAUUGAAAGCUAGGAACACCUCAGAGUGAACCAGAGGGACUUCGGAGUUGAUGGAGUCGUCAUAUGCCUCCAUCCACUCAGAUCUCUUGUCAGCAGAGCACAGGGCAGCACUGUGCACAGCAUCCUGUGAUUCAGUAUCUCCUCCCUCUGCAUGCAGACACUGAACUUUCCUCAGAGAGCUUCAUUGAUUCAAUUCAUCUCUAUGAGGAGAUGCUGUGUUUGAAUCAUGCUGGCUCUACCCCUGAUCUGCCUCCUUGUCAGUCUCAGCCAAUCCUAUGGGGAAGCACUGUGAUUGGAUCAGGCUACCACAUGUCAGCAGACUACUAGUUUUUCUGAGUCUAACAGCAUGCAGAGUUGCAACUUCUGGCUUGAAUACAGUAAGAUGUUUACUAUGUUUAUGGAGGCAUGAGGGCCCCAGGGGGGCCUAGAUGGUGGUGUUAACACUAUAGGGUCAGGAAUACAUGUUUGUAUUCCUGACCCUAUAGUGAUCAUUUAAAGGAAUACAAAUAUGUAUUCCUAACUCUCUAGGGCCCUAGUCACCAUUUAGGUGACUAGGGCCCCUUUUCCGCGAUGAAUAAAUGGUUAACAAUUUAUUUGCUUACCUUAAUUGGGCACUGGUGACCUCUCCUCCAUCGACGUCAGCUUCCAAUUGGAUCCGCAUGCGUGGCCAGAGGCGCGCGUGCAUUAAAACCAGCCCAUAGGAAAGCAUUACUAAAUGCUUUCCUAUGGGGAUCAUUUUUGACGCUGGACUCCGUGAGGGAGACAGCCACUAGAGGAUGGAUUAACCCUGCAGUGUAAACAUAGCAGUUUCUCUGAAACUAUUUUUUCAGCUGCAGGGUUAAAACUAGGGGGACAUAGCACCCAAACCACUUCAUUGAGCUAUUGUGGUCCUUUAAUAAAUCCCCCUCCAUCUCCAUAUAAAUCUCCAUUUAAAUAUGCAGGGUUCACGUUCUAAAGCACCACCCAGGCCUAAUAGUUACUUACCAUCACAAACCUGUUUACAGCAUAUAUAUAACUUGCAGUGUAAAAAAUAGAAAGUGGGUAAAUGGCGCUAAAAAUAACACAUCAAAUGCAAUAAAAGUGUAUCAAUAUCCCAGUGCGUCUAAACCAAACCAGUGUUAAGUCACCGUUAAACACUUACAUACAUGGAAUUGGAUACAAAGAAAGCAGGUUUGCGCACAUGAUGGAUAGAUAUUAUUAAACCUGUAAUCUACAGAAAGCCUUCAUAGGGCAAUAUAUAUUCAUAACAUACAAGGUAAAAGUAUAACUAGGAGCACUCACAAUCUUUUGAGCUUUAUUAGUCGGCUCUGAACUGUAGUAGCGUGUAAAUAACUCCAGUAAAGGAGCUUUAGACGAGAUGACCCAAACACAGAUGAUUCAUCUUUUUAGAUGAAAAAUUCAGGAACCAAAAUAAAUAUAAAGGUAACUCUUUUAUUAAGAAAUAAAAUUGGAAAUAGCACAUAAUAGCACAUAUAGUAGUAUAGCACGUAUAGUAGAACUGUAGUUACUUACACGCAACUACAGUUCAGAGCCGACUAAUAAGGCUCAAAAGAUUGUGAGUGCUCCUAGUUAUACUUUAACCUUGUAUGUUAUGAAUAUAUAUUGCCCUAUGAAGGCAUUCUGUAUAUUACAGGUUUAAUAAUAUCUAUCCAUUAUGUGCGCAAACCUGCUUUCUUUGUAUCCAAUUCCAUGUAUGUUAGUGUUUAACGGUGACUUAACACUGGUUUGGUUUAGACGCACUGGGAUAUUGAUACACUUUUAUUGCAUUUGAUGUGUUAUUUUUAGCGCCAUUUACCCACUUUCUAUUUUUUACACUGCAAGUUAUAUAUAUGCUGUAAACAACCUGCAUUCUUUGUAUCCAAUAACUUGCAGUGUGUCCACGGAAUGAAAUGCAUGGAAGGCUCAAUGUGUGUAUUUCUUCAUCCAAUGUGUGUAGGGUCGAAUCUGUUCUGAAUGCAAGGGUAUAUGUUUGUGUAUGCAUUAAGGUGUAUCUGUGUCAAGUGUCCUACGCACAAAUGAGCUUAUAUGUGGAGUUUCUGUGUUUAGCUCAUGAAUAAUCUGCUCAUUGCUCUUGAAUAUCGGUCCACUUUCCCUGAAGAUUUGUACAUUCAACUCCUCACUCUGUGUAUCUGGCCAUGAUAAUCUGCUGCUUACCUCCCAAAAAUCAAUGCUUUGAAGUGGCCUUAAUUAAAUGAUCAUGUAUGUUUGCUGCACAUACUUCGAUAUCAGCAGGCAUUACUCAGCCACAGCUCUUGUUCCGGGUUGACUUAUGUUAAAUCUCUGCAUAUUGCUUACACAAACAGUCAUUUAAUGUCUUGGAGUACUCAGUUGAUGCUCUCAGCCAAUUAACGAAAUGCAGUAUUAACAUCCAGCUUUUAAAGGUCUGCUGAAGCUGUAAAUCAUCCACCAUUUGUUGUGACUCAGUGCCCACAGCACCCAGGUAAGUGGCAAACUAUUGAGGGUAAAAGUGUACUUUAGCGUAUUUUAUUUUUCAAUUUUACUCAAAGCAAAUAGCAUAUUUUAUUAUUAACAGUCAUUAUUAAAAUACACUUUUGCCUUAACUUGUUUAAUUUAAGGUUGUCCCCACGCCCUUCAAAUAUUAAUUAAAUUAGCAUCACAACUUUAUUUUUUUUAAUUUUUUUGUAAAUUCUUUAUUUUGUCAUACAGGUGAGUACAAUAAACAUAAGCAUACGCUACAACAGCGUACGUGUGCGUGUGAACAAAUCGAGCAUUAGUUCUGAUAAUACAAGUGUUGAUCAUGCGCGAUCCUGGAUACUCAAUAGUCGUCAAGCGCCAUAUCGUUUAACAGGAAAAUGAAUACAAUAGUAACAUCGGUGCAUAAGAACGCAUUUACAGAACAGAUAAAAACUCUAGAUUGAAUAGCUUAGUAAAAACGUGGCAACGCUUCCUCUCUAAAUUAUAGUAUUCUGCUGUGUCUCCGAACUAGCAAGGUUGGCAGGAAAAAUAAGGCAGUAACAUCGUAGUAACAACAGAAUUAAGACGGAUAUGAUGCAUGAAGUCCGAAUACAGGAGCAGUAUUAUUGAUUGACAUUUGGGACAUAAACUGUAAAGCUCAAUUCAAGGUCUCAUGCACACGUGUCAAUAUUAUGGUGCCAACACUGGGAUUCAGUUUCUAGUGCCUGAUGCAGUACAGAUCAGGGGGCGAUUCCUUGAAUCCAGGCUUCCACUCGGAGCCUCCCAUAGAAGUGAACCCCAGGGGAAAUUAUGAGGUCGGAGUUAGCCUAAUGGGUUGGGUCUGUUUGUGUGUCCCCUAGGUCGGGUAUGGGUUAUGUCUGUGUCUAGUCACCUUGAUGAAUUGUUAAUCUAUUGCUUAGCUCCUAUCCGCUCAGUAGUUAGUUAUGUCCUACCUCGAUGACAUGUUCUCCAUGCGUCAGAGCCUGUUCUGCCGCUGUCUUUCAGUCUUGUGUAAGUCGGAAGAUCAUGUCAGUAGAACUAUCUACACGUCAUGGUAAUAUCUUGUGCGUCAACGUGUUCGAGCCCUCCCGGUUCCGACCCCCUCGGCCGCAAGCCGCACCGCCCCCGCGGUGUCCCUUAGUGAAGUUACACGCAAGCAGUAGUUGUAGCAGGUAUAAAAAGGGGGGAGGAGUAGGAGGAAAAGGAAGGGGGUGUGGAAGGGUCUUUGAGCAGUUUACAUCGGAGUGCGCCCGGGCAUCCCCAACCCCCGGGUGUCGCAGUGAGCUCGUGCCUCUCUAAGUUCUGGUACGGGAGAGAUAAACAUACCAUGGGGUCCAGAUGUCGACAUGUCUGGUGCUUCUCCCUAGUAGUUCUGCGUAUCGUGCCUCAGCUGUGUGUGUUUCCUCAACUCUCUGUAGCCAUUCUGCUACGGUUGGUGGGUGGAUCUGCUUCCACUUAGCUGGUAUAGACGCUUUCGCAGCAUUGAGCAGGUGUCUCAGUAUCGAUCUCUUAUAUUGGGCUAUCGAGCUUUCCGUAAAGUGUAGUAGGGCCAUUUCCAUGGUAAAUUCUGGUAAGUCACCCACGAUUGUCGUUAUCUCCCUCUUGAUGUCUUCCCAGUAUGGUUUAAUCCGCGCGCAGUCCCACCAGAUAUGUCGUAGGGUGCCUGUUUGGGAUUCGCAUCUCCAGCACGUAUCUGUCGUUCCCGGGAAUAUCCUGUGUAAUAGAGAUGGGGUUCUGUACCAGUGUGAGAGUAAUUUGAAGUUGACCUCCUGAUACCUUGUGCUUAUGGAGCUCUUGUGUUGUAAUAUUAAUAUCUGCUCCCAUUGCGCCUCUGUGUACGUCCUUGCCGUCAGUUCUUCCCAUUGCCUCUUAAAUGCAUUUUUACGUGUGCGAUCCCCUGUGAUCAACUGCUGGUAAAGGAUUGAUACUCUGCCGUCUGUGUCGGUGUUUGUCACGCAGAGGUGUUCGAACCACGUCUGUUCUCUGUGGAUCGCUUCACGGUUGGGAAGGUUGUAGUAGAAGUGCCGCAAUUGUGUGUAUCGAAAUCUGUGCAUCAGCGUGUGUAGUGUCGCCGUGCUCCAUUCUGGCAGGUUUCUCAUUCCUGUGUUGCUCAGGACCUUGGACAACGGGAUAUAAUCUCCGUCUCCAUCUAUCGGCCAGGCAGAUCGGUGUAGUCCCCCGCCUAUCAUGCUAUUGUGUGUUAUCGGGAUCAAGGGGCUUGGUUGUGGGGAGAUAUAUAGGUUUCGCCUCAGGGAAGACCACGUCUUCAGCGUUUGUACGAUGGGUGAUUCAUUGCCCAGUUUUGGUGCCGCGUCCGCUGUGCCUUGCUAUAUAUACAUGUGGAGGGCCUUGUUCGUACUCUCCCUGUCCAAGGCAGCCCACAAUUUGUGUUCAGGUGCUGUGUGCCAAUCUCUAAUCCGUUGUAAAACCGUGGCCUGAAAAUAUUUGCGAACGUCGGGCAGCGCCAGUCCGCCCCAGUUCUUGGGUAGACACAAUUUGUCGUAGCUGAGUCGUGCUCUCUCUCCCUUCCAGACAUAUUUUAUCACCGCCGAUUUAAGUGUUGUAAAGAAUUCUGGGGGUACGUGCCAGGGGAUGGUGUGAAAAUGGUAAAGCAACCUUGGUAGAAUAUUCAUUUUAACCACCGCUAUGCGUCCCUGCCAGGAUAUGUGGUCAAAGUUCCAAUUUUUGAGGUCGAGCAGUAUUGUGCGUAGAAGGGGCGUGUAGUUUCUGGCAUAUAUCUCUUUCGGUUCGCUGGGUAUCCAAAUUCCCAGGUAACGCAUCUGGCCUGGGCACCAGUGGAAGGGGAAUUCGCGUUCGAUCCGUUCCCUUACAGCUGUUGGGGCCGACACGUUCAACAGUUCGCAUUUAGUUUGAUUUAGCUUCAGUCCCGAUACCCGGCCGUAUAUGUCAAAUUCCUCCAUCAGAGCCGGCAUGGAGUUGAUAGGGUUGUCGAUAAAAAAGAGCAUGUCAUCUGCGUAUGCGGCUACCUUAUGUUCCUGGUCCUUAUGUCUAAACCCCCUAAUCUCUGGGGUUUGCCUUAUCCUGUCCAAGAACGGCUCCAACGAGAGGGCAAAUAGGAGCGGCGAUAGCGGGCAGCCCUGCCUGGUGCCAUUGUGUAUGGUAAAGCUGUCUGUGAGCGCGCCAUUCACCCUCACUCUGGCAUUAGGGUUAGCGUAGAGCGCCUCUAUCCAGGAUAUCAUUCCCGGUCCUAGGCCGACCUUAUGCAGUGUUGCCAUCAUGAAGCUCCACGUUACCCGAUCAAAUGCCUUUUCAGCAUCUGUGGAGAGCAUUGGCAACUCCGUGUCUCCCUUAAGGGCCAAUGCCUGUAUAGAGAACGCCCUUAGAGUGCAGUCCCUGGCUUCCCGGCCUGUCACGAAACCUGUUUGGUCAGGGUGGAUUAGGCGCUGGACAUACGUUUGUAGUCUUGUGGCGAUGAUUUUGGAGAAGAGUUUCACAUCCGUGUUAAAGAGUGAGAUCGGCCGGUAACUGCCGCAAUUUUCGGGAUUUUUGCCUGGCUUGGGUAGCACCGUAAUUGUGGCAGCUAGUGUUUCUUGGUGGAACUUGUCACCCUGUUGGAGUCGGUUGAGGGCUGCUGUUAAGUGUGGAUUCAAAAUGCCUCCAAACAUUUUAUAAUACCCCGCCGAUAGCCCAUCCGGACCUGGCGCUUUCCCCCUCUUCGCUGCCUUAAUUGCCGCUUGUAUUUCUUCUAUGGUGAUCGGGGUUUCCAGCAUUUCCGCUUCCUCCGGCGUGAGGGCGUCCGGUCGAAAUCUUUGUAAAUAGCGCGUUGUGGCUUCCUGCAGAGCGGCACGUUGAGUGUCGGGCGUCGACGAGGUGUUGUAUAGUCGUUGAUAAUAAUCACGGAAUUCGUUUGCUAUAUCCUCCGGGAAUUGUGUGAGGGUGCCAUUGGUCCUUCUCAGUGCAUGUACCUGCGCCCUGGCUUGUUGCGGUCGGAUCAUGUUGGCCAGGAGUCUCCCACUUUUAUUGGCGUGGAUGUAGAAGAAGGCUUUAGAUUUCUGCGUCGCUCAAUGGUGUUUGCGUGCUAUCAGUUCUGUCAAUUGUCGUCGUGCGUCUAAAAGACAGCGAUAGUGUUCCUCGAGUUGUGACCGUUUGUGCAGAGUUUCCAAAUUGGAAAUCUGGCCGGUAAGUUCCAGCAUGUGUUGCUGUAUUUCCUUCUUCUUCCGUGAUGCAAUCCUUAUGAGGUGGCCCCGAAGCACACUUUUGUGUGCUUCCCAGAGUGUCACUUUAGAAACGUCUUCCGUAUAAUUCUCAGUGAAGUAGUUGGACAGGUGUUCCGUCAGGAGUGUCUUUACUCCCAAGUCCAACAAGAGUGACUCAUUCAAUCUCCAUGUCGAUUUAGAGGGUCUGAAGAGAGGGGAGUCCAGGUGUACUUGUACUGCGCUGUGGUCCGACCAUGGUGUUGGUUCAAUUUCGGCUGAUCGCAGACGUUGUAACCCUUCCUGCUGAAUGAGGAUGUAGUCGAUACGCGAAUGUCUCCUGUGAAUGGCCGAGUAGUGCGUAUAAUCUCGAGUCGUCGGGUGUAAGGUUCGCCACGCAUCCACCAGUCUCAGGUCUAACAGCGUCUUCCUUAUCGCCCUGAUCGCGGUUUGUGGUAUGCUGCUGUGUCCGGUCGAUGAGUCGGAUAGUGGGUCGAGUGGCGCGUUAAAGUCCCCCCCCUAUGACAAGCGAACCUUCCGUGAACGUUGCCAGUUGGCGAAUCGUUUUGUUCAGAAACGUCGCCUGCUUUGCAUUUGGCGCAUAGAUUGAUGCGAAGGUGUAAAUUCUUCCAGAUAUAGUGCCUUUGAGAAAAAGGUAUCUGCCGUUUGGGUCCGUGAGUUGGUCCGUCUGGGUGAAUUGGAUAUUAGCGGCUAUCAGUAUCGCCACUCCUGCCCUUCGGUCAGUAGGGUGGGUGCUGUGGCAGUUGGUUGGAUACCGUCUGAGCAUCACAACUUUAAACCUACUGUCUUCACGUUAUGAGUGUAAAAGUAAACAGAUGUCCAGAUGUUUAAAUCCCCACCAGGAGGAGGGAUGAGCUGUACAUAAAUUCCAUGGCGGCUAAGGUUGUGAGACUAUACAUGUUUUAUGGAAGCACUGCAUUAUCUAUGGGCCCAUCUUGUAACAUUUCUGGCUGAGCGUUUCAGCAAGUGUAAGGCACAGAUGUGUGUGUCAGCAUUAUGGAACUGGCAGUUUUCAAUAGAGGACAAGCCAAAGAUGGUCUCACUAUCUCCCCAAUGUGAGCUGUGCUGACAUUGUUUAAUGUAAUCUAGGAUGAAGCCAGUUACCGGGAAUAAAUCCUACCCCUGUAAUGACUGUAGGUAUUCAGUGUGAUAGUACUUACCGUGCUUCAGGGAUAACAGUACCCAGCACGCAGUCCAUGCUGUUGACGAGCUAACCACAUCAUGGCAGCUAACCACAUCAUGGCAGUGUCCAGAUAUGGGAGAUGAUAUGCUAACAGAUGCUCCAAAUGUAUUUAUUUUAUUGCUUUAAUAUAUUUGUACGGCGCACCAUAAUAGCAGUGCAAAAAAAUAUGCUGAAAUACACCUUAACAAAAUGGCAAAUAAUAAAAUACGCUAAAAUACACUUUUACCCCAUUGUGGAAUGGUUUGCCUCCUUAACGGGAAAUGCUGCUAGUGUAUUCUGGACUUAUUUUGUAGACCAUAGUAAUGAAUGUUUUCAUUGUCUACGUAAUGCAUUUAAGAUGGGUUUAAAUCCAGCCUGUAUUUGCCCACUAAUAUAUUAUAAUUUUUUUUCCUCAUCAGAUUGCAUACAUAUUAAUAGAAAGGGGAGAGGAUGAUGACAAUGAUCUUAUAAUGGAAGUAACAGCUGGAGUAGGGGGACAGGAGGCCAUGCUAUUUACUGCAGAGAUGUUUGAUAUGUAUCAACGCUAUGCAAGUUACAAAAGCUGGAGCUUUGAUAUCCUGGAGUAUUGUCCUAGUGAGAUUGGUAAGUAACCUUCUCUUUGAGGUACAAAAGUUUUUGGGAAGUUGAUUUUUUUUUAUUUUUUUUUUUAUUAUGCAAGCAAAAAUGUGUUACAUAGUUACAUGAAGCCCAUGCUUAAAUAUUUAUGCUGUUAAUCCAAAAGUAGACACCCCUCCCCCCAAACAAAAUGACACAAUUUUAGCCUCUUCCAGUUAUGCCACAAAAAGUGGAACAAACUUCUUGACUCUAUAAUGGCAAUCAGAUUUCUCCUUGGAUCAACAACCUGUUUACAUAUGUAUCAAUUAUAGCCUUGAAUAUUCUGUUUAUGCAAAAAAGCAUCCAAAAAAUUAUUUAUUUAUUUUUUAUUUUAGUAUUACCUAUAGAAUCUCAUAAGACAUUCUCUUUAGGCAGAGAAUUCCACAUCUUUAACAGGUUAGUAUAUAGUGGUUUGUAUUGACCCUGUAUAUAUUUGUAUAGUGCUAUUAUAUCCCCUCUAGGGCGUCUUUUUUUUUUUUCUAACGAAAACAAAUCCAGGUUUUAUAGCCUUUCUUCAUAACUACUAUUUUCCAUCCCUCUUAUUUAUUUAUUUUUAGCUUGCAUCUGUACUUUUUCUAGUUGUGCAUUAUCCCUCUUUAGAACUGGCGCCAAAAAUUGCACCACAUAUUCACAUUUACUGCUGAUUUGUAAAGAGGCAAAAUUAUAUUUUGAGCGCGUCAAUACUGAUUUUUAUACACAGACACACCUUACUAGCUUUUGCAACGGCAGAUCGGCAUUGCAUAGUGUUGCCUAGUUUGUGAUCUAAAAUUGUUCCUCGAGUCGUUUUCAUUUAAAGGACCACUAUAGUGCCAGGAAAACAUACUCGUUUUCCUGGCACUGUAGUGCCCUGAAGGUGCCCCCACCCUCAGGGUCCCCCUCCCGCCCGGCUCUGGGGGGAGGAAGGGGUCAAACUUACCUCUUUCUCCAGCGCCGGGUGGGGAGCUCUCCGCCUCCUCUCCUCCUCUUCGGCUGAAUGCGCAUGCGCGGCUGGAGCCGCGUGCGCAUUCAGCCAGUCCAUAGGAAAGCAUUCACAAUGCUUUCCUAUGGACGCUGGCGUCUUCUCACUGUGAUUUUCACAGUGGAAAACGCGGAAGCCCUAUAGCGGCUGUCCAUGAGACAGCCACUAGAGGCUGGAUUAACCCCAACAUAAACAUAGCAGUUUCUCUGAACCUGCUGUGUUUAUAGAAAAAAGUGUUAACCCUUGAUGGACCAGGCACCCAGACCACCUCAUUAAGCUAAAGUGGUCUGGGUGCCUAUAGUGGUCCUUUAAUGUUAUCCCUAACUCAACCCUAAUUAAUGUAUAAGGGACUUGUGCAUUUCUUAUUCCAAAAUGCAUGACUUUAUAUUGAUCUGUAUUGAAUCUCAUCUGCCAUUUGCCUGCCCAGUCCCCCAAUUUAUCCAAAUCCAUCUGUUGUGAAGUUGUAUCAUGUUCAGAAUAGGGAUCAACUGAUCUCAUUUUUCCAGGGCCGAUACCGAAUAAAAAAAAAAAAAAGGGACUGCUUUACCUGUUCUACUUGUACUCCAGUGCAGCAUCUUGGUGGUACCUGAGUAUAUUGCUCUCUAUUGAAAAAAUAGGUCUUUCUUUCCACAUCACACAGACAUAGCCACUCAACUAAUGCAAGCAAUAUAUUUUUUUUUCAUAUUGAAUGACUGCUUCUUUGAACAGCCUGCUUAGCAUUGCACAGUCUGGCACACUUAUCCUCAUUUGUGCAGAUGUUAAAGUAUAUUUAAAGGGGUGCAUAACCAUGACUAGUCUAGGGUAAAUUGUAUGCUAGAAGUAUUUUAAAGGGACACUAUAGUCACCAGAACAACUUCCGCUUAAUGUAGUUGUUCUGGUGAGUAUAAUCGCUCCAUUCAGGCAUUUUCAUGUAAACACUGCCUUUUCAGAGAAAAGACAGUGUUUACAUUGCUCCUAGGGACACCUCCAAGUGGCCACUCCUUAGAUGGACACUGCAGGGGCUUCCUGGCUCAGGGCUGCACAGUAAGCAACCCUGCCGUUCAGUGCCCCCACGCUCUGCAUGGAGACGCUGAAUUUUCCUAAUAGAGAUGAUGAGGUCCUGAUUGGCCAAAACGGCAUUUGGCCCCGCCCCGUGCCGAUUUUAGCCAAUCCAAUGCUUUCCUAUAGGGAAAUGGUGGGUUAAACACUACAGGGUCAGGAAUACAUGUUUGUGUUCCUGACCCUAAAGUGAUCCUUUAAGUAUUUUUCAUUAGCUUUGCAGACUUUGCGUAUAAUGUUUUAUAAUAUUUUAUUGGUUUACUUCUGUAUUGCUGCCAGUCUGUACUUAUGAGUUCUCUGUUUUAAGGUGGCCUACGACAUGCAGCAGCAAGCAUAGGAGGUCUCUAUGCCUACAAGCAUUUGAAGUUUGAAGGAGGAGUUCACAGAGUCCAGAGAGUACCAAAAACUGAGAAACAAGGGCGAAUUCAUACAAGCACAAUGACUAUUGCUAUAUUACCACAACCGAGUGAGGUAAACUCCUGCUGUUGGGACUAAUCAUUAUAUAGUUACAUAGCUGAAAAAGACAUGUGUCCAUCAAAUCCAGCCUUUCUCACAUUUUGUUUUUGCUGUUGAGCGAAAGGAAAGCAAAAUAAAAACAAUUUGAAGCAGUUCCAAUUUUGCAACAAACUAGGACAGAAUUCCUUCUUGACCCAAGAAUGGCAGUCCGAUAUCGCCUUGGAUCAAUAAGCUAUUACUCCACAAAUUAAAAAUGAUAUCCUUAUUUAUUAUGUUUUUUUCAAGUAUUUAUUCAAUUGCUGUUUAAACAUCUGUAUAGACUCUGAUAAAACCACCUCUUCAGGUAGAGAAUUCCACAUUCAUAUUGUUCUUAUUGUGAAAAAUACUUUCCUUUGCUUUAGAUUAAAUCUCUAAUCCCUGCCACGUAAUCUCCCUCCCUUAUAGACUAGCUGAUGCUGUUUGUACCUGCCCUGUUCAAAUGUCAGGCCACUGUAGAACUGCAUGCAUCUGUGAAGACACACAGUGCAACAUAAUAUUAACAUUUUCAUCUGUGGUAGCAAAAAUUAAGAGAAUGUAGGUUUUAAAAAUACAUACAUUAAUUUACUUCAAGGUAGUUCCAGAUUUAAAAAAAAAAAAGUUUAAGUUUUUAUUACAGCAAACAUAGUUUGUUCAUGUUGGGCAAUGUCAGAUUACAUGCUUUUUUAAAAUUUUAAUAAAGAAGCAUAGUAGACACAGCAAGAAUACGCGGAAGCAUUACAAAAUAGGUGAAAAUGGUGAUGAGAGAACUAUGAAUAAUACAUUUUUUAAAAAAUCUGCUUCUUUUAUAUAUUAUACGAAUAAUAUAAAUUGUGUUGAAAUCAAUAUGUGCAUCAGUGUUGGUUAAUACAAGUCAGGAAGAAUUCUUGUUUCAGCAGAUAUGUCUCCUCUUUUUUUUAAUUUUAUUUUUUUAUCUACAGUAACUUCAUCUAACCUCAUACAGGAGGGUGACUUGCGCGAUUAGGCAAUUAACAGAGCAAGAAAAAAUAAAAUUACUUCUAAAAUAAACACUGUUUAGAUAGCUUAGUAAUCAAAGAAAUUAUACAUUCACAAAUAGGUAUAUCUAUGAAACAUUACUAUACAUAAGUGUUCUUAAGAUUUUAACCAGAACAAAAGCAUUCCUACCAGGUGUAUCUAUUUAGGAGGUACAGUUGCUACUUUGGGCCCAAAUCCCUCUGUCCUUUUUUUUUUUUUUUCUCUAUCUUAAUGUUGCUGUUUUCUGAAUACUGUACAUUAUACUGUAGGUGUGUCUGAGUAUAUGAUAGAACUCCACAGCAAUAAUACUCAGUAGUGUGUAUUUAAACUACAAUACUGUUUUUAGAAAUCACUCUUCGUAAAUAAGACACUUUAAUCUUGUACUAAAUUACAUUUUAAUUGCAUAUAUUAUUAACAAGUCACCUACAUUUUCUCAGUACCUCUAAAAUGUAAAGUGUCCCUCUUUGUCCAUGUGAAAUGUUAUGGGUAAUGCAAAAGUGUGUAGCAGCCUUUUUUCUGACAAACAUACUCUCCAUUUUUCACCCAAUAUGCAUCCAAACAGAUGGGAUCUUUUACAAGCUUUUCAUGAGGUUUACACUGAAACUGUGCAGAUUUUAUCUUUUUGUGUGGCUUACAACUGUAAGCAUCAUAUUUUAAUAUGAAACCUGUUACCAGCUACUCACUUGAAAACAGAUAAAGUUGUUCACUAAUCCUGGAAUUGUUUAAAAUUGGAAAGGAAGUUGCAAAUAUUGGGCCAAAAUAUGAGAAUUUUCAAACAUUCUAAGGACCAGUGGACUGUCGUGGCAAUAUAUUUAUAUAAAGAUCCUUCACAUUUCAAAAUAGAUUUAUCUACUCAUUUACUUACUGUAUGUUGUGGCUGUGGCUUACAUAUGAAUCUUAAAGGGACCCUAUAGUCACCUGAACAACUUUAGCUUAAUGAAGCAGUUUUGGUGUAUAGAACAUGCCCCUGCAGCCUCACUGCUCAAUCCUCUGCCAUUUAGGAGUUAAAUCCCUUUGCUUAUGAACCCUAGUCACACCUCCCUGCAUGUGACUUGCACAGCCUUUCAUAAACACUUCCUGUAAAGAGAGCCCUAUUUAGGCUUUCUUUAUUGCAAGUUCUGUUCAAUUAAGAUUUUCUUAUCCCCUGCUAUGUUAAUAGCUUGCUAGACCCUGCAAGAGCCUCCUGUAUGUGAUUUAAAGUUCAAUUUAGAGAUUGAGAUACAAUUAUUUAAGGUAAAUUACAUCUGUUUGAAAGUGAAACCAGUUUUUUUUUUCAUGCAGGCUCUGUCAAUCAUAGCCAGGGGAGGUGUGGCUAGGGCUGCAUAAACAGAAACAAAGUGAUUUAACUCCUAAAUGACAGUGAAUUGAGCAGUGAAAUUGCAGGGGAAUGAUCUAUACACUAAAACUGCUUUAUUUAAAUAAAGUAAUUUAGGUGACUAUAGUGUUCCUUUAAUAUUUUUUAUAGUUCUCAGUAUUAUGGUUGAAUGUGAAUAGAAAAUAUAUGAAAUGCAAUAUUAAAUGUCUAUUUAUUGCAAUAAUUAUAUCUAAGCUAUAACAAAUGAUGGCAGUAACCAUGUAUUACAAUACAAAACAUUUACAAACUACAACAUAUAACUUGCAGCCCGUGGCUGAGGCUAAAAAAAAAAAUGGCUGAAAAUCUAUUAUCUCUGGGGGUUUUUUAUUCACUGUGGGAAGUUUUAUGGGAGAUAACUUCCUUAGAGUGGGCUGGCCUGUGAUGUCACUGCCCGAAGCACAUGGUAUAAGGAAACCAUAAAUUGGAAAUUAUUCCUACAUACUGCCCCUAAUGGUGCCUCUAAAACAUUAACCUUAGUAUGCUUUAUUUAUGGCAUCAUUACACUGUCAGGCUGUAUAGAGCAAACAAAGUUAAACAAGUGAGAUGUUACAUUUUGGCAGAGGUUGUACAGUAACAUGAUUAUAGCAUUGUAAAGCACUGCGGAAUAAGUUUGGCGCUAAAUAAAUGACAAAAAUAAUCAUCAUAGCGUAGUCUUUAGUCUUUACGAGCUUAAAAUGUCCUAUUUUUUUCCCCAUCUACCGCAAGCCUUGGUGUAGUGAAUAAAAGCCACAGUUGCAAACUAACAUAUUUACUGAAACCAUGCUAGAACAUCUUGUCACUAAGUUAAUAAAGGGAAUUCUGUUUGAUAAUAAAACAUUUUGUUGCUAUGUUUUUUUUCUUUCUGAACUCCCAGAUCAAUUUAGUGAUCCAUCCCAAAGAUUUACGGAUUGAAACCAAAAGAGCUAGUGGUGCUGGGGGACAGCAUGUCAAUACUACUGAUAGCGCUGUACGGAUUGUACACAUACCAACAGGUGGGCAUAUUUGCUAUACAAUGUUAAAUGAAAAAUUGGUUUAUUAUAAUCAAAUUUUGUUAUGUGUAUAUACUCUAUAUCAGGGGUUCCCAAUUUUUCCCGUGGAACCCUUUGACUUAGUAUAACAUCGUGAAACCCCUUAAAAAAAAAAAAAAAAAAAUUGCGCCGUAGCACAAACCUUUUAAUAAGUGGCUUUUUUUUUUAUCAUUUUCAAAUAUUUUUCUCAUAAACGGUUGUCUAAUGAUACUCCUGAAGCUUUCGCUUAAAAAAGGCAAUGUCUUUAUCUUUGUACUCUGAGUUGGUUUUGCUCAAAAUGAUUAUGUAAUUUAGCAAGUGCUAACAAACUGUUUGGCAAUAUUUUCUUGCAGAUUAAGCAUUUUGCUUGAUGUAUAUUUUUAUUUCUGGCACUUGUGAAUCCAAAUGUUAAGUAGCUGUCGUCAUAUUUUCUUUUUUUUAUUUAUUUUUAUUUUUUGAGAAGAGGAUUACCGUAUAUACUUGAGUAUAAGUCGAGUUUUUCAGCACAUUUGAUAUGGUAUAACAGUUUAUUAGGGAACAGAUGUGUCGAGGUCUUGAAUCCUCCCUCUACCCAGUUCACACACUACACACACACUGCAUUAUAUAUACACAUACAAACACACACUCUGCAUUAUAUACACACACACUGUGCAUUAUAUAUAUAUAUAUAUAUAUACACACACACACACUCUGCAUUAUAUAAUUAUAUAUACACACACACACACUCUGCAUUAUAUAAUUAUAUAUACACACACACACACACACACACUCUGCAUUAUAUAAUUAUAUACACACACACACUCUGUCAUACACACACACACACACUGCAUUAUAUACACACAGAGUGUGUGUUUGUAUGAGUGUGUGUGCAUAUAAUUAUAAAAAUCACCGAAUUUCAUAGCCCCAAGUUUUACUCUCGACUUAUCCACGAGGCAUAGCAUAUUUCACAAUUGUUGGUCACAAAACUGCACUCGACUUAUACAUGAGAUCGACUUAUACACUAGUAUACACGGUAGGUAGCAUAGUGUUUUGUUUUUUUUUCUUCUCCCUUUGGCUUGUCUCUGCUAUUUGAGGGACAGUAGAUGCAACUAUUUGGCCUUGUUUUCUUGAUUUCUUGUUGUAUCAUGUUUCUAAGUUUCAAAAAUUUUCAAACAAUUAGAAGUAGUAAUUUUUCUCUUGAUAGCUCCUUAUUUUAACCAGUUGUCCAAAUUCAUGGUUGUUGGUUGGUUAAAAAAAACAAAAACAAAACACUUCUCUAACCUGAAAAAAAACAAAAUACUGAUCUCACUACCUGACUGCAAUGGAUGUUUUUGUUGGAUUUUUUUUUAAUUUAUUUUUAUUUUUUUAUAAUGCUCUUAUAAGUUUAUGUAAGAAGCACUUUUAAUCAUACUUGGAGCAAAAAGAUUAAAACACUUUUAAACAGGCCUCACUACCUGACUGCAAAGGAUGCUGUAUUUUUUUUUGUUUGUUUUUGUUUUUUCAAAGCUCUUAGAAAGAAAUGAACAUAAGCAGGAUUUUUGCUCAAUCUUGGAGUAAAGAGAAAUCUUUACUACAGUCUUCACCAAAGGACGCUGUUUUGGUAACCGCUCUAGGAAUGAAAAUGUUUUGGUAUAUCACAGAUUUCUACUGAUAGUACGCCAAAAAAAAAAAAAUAUUACACACACAGUCUCGCGAUCUCUUUAUAAGAUCACGGCCGCGCGUGUUUCCGACCUUCCGGGAACAGGAGGGAGCAGCGGCCAUCUUGGAUAGGGCAAUUCACGGCGGAACCCCAGUUUUGUUCUCGUGGAACACCAAUUGGGAAACGCUGCUCUAUAUAUUCAACAGUCAUAUAAAGUCUGUGUAUAUACUGUACCAAGUAGAUCAACAGUAGCUGUUGGAUGUGGUGUGACAGUUUCUCACUGUCUUCAUAGUGGAUAAAAUGGAAUGUAUCUAAAAAAAAAAAAAAAAAUGCAUGGCACACCUUGUGCAAUCGUUGGUCAGGUUGCCAUUCACAUGCACGCUAACUAAAACAGGACACUACACAGCAAGGUACAAGUAUUCUCUGCAAGUAAAGACUGCACCAGUGCUGUUUUUAAGGGCUUAACCCUAACUUGUCAUAUACCAGAAAAAAGAAAAUCACAUAACUGGUGACAGUAUUGCGCUCACAAUAACCGUCAGGUACAUAAUCUAACCAAAGUAUAUACAGUAUAACUACCCGAUACCCAUAAAAAGGGGAAACCUUUUGUUAUUGUAGAGGUAUUGUAAAAUGAAAGGUUAUGGUGAUAUGGUAUAACAGUUUAUUAGGGAACAGAUGUGUCGAGGUCUUGAAUCCUCCCAGCUAGAGUGCUUGCACACCAAUAUAUAGAAGUAUAUAGCAACACCGUUAAUCUCACUGUCCGAAAAUAGGUAAAUGUAAUAUGGGUAUAUUGCUUUUACUACAGCAUAACAGAACUUGCAUCAAGAAAUUUCAGCUGUGAUCCCAUAUAAAUCUUCUAAAGCUUAUCCUAAUGUAUCAGCACAUUACCUUUUACCUUGGCUGCUAAAAUGGUUGACAUCCUACCUCACUAUAAUAUUAUGGAGCAUUAACGGUACCACGUAAAUAGCUUGGUAGUGGUAUCUGUAAUAAACCUACAGUCUGUCAUCAAACACCCUCCUACCCACAUUUCGGCUGUCUUAAGAGUAACAGCCUACUUGAGCAGUUCUAUGACCUGGCUUCAAACAAAACCACCUUGGUCAGCAGAUUGUAACCAGAGCUAGAGUAAACCCCAUCCUGCCUAAUCAGUAACUGCUAAAGACCAUAGGAAGGAACAAAGAAAAUAAGCUCUUGACUUGUGUUUCAGUGCAGCACAUCUUUAUCUUGAAAACCUUGCACUGCCUGCCAAUAUAUACUAGCGAUACAAAGUGGUCCCACUCAUAUGGUACAAAAAUGUAUCCACGUAAUAUGUCUAUAUAUAUAUAUAUAUAUAUAUAUGUAUGUAGUUUAUUUAAAGGACCACUAUAGUGCCAGGAAAACAUACUCGUUUUCCUGGCACUAUAGUGCCCUGAGGGUGCCCCCACCCUCAGGGUCCCCCUCCCGCCCAGCUCUGGAAGGGGGAAAGGGGUAAAAACUUACCUUUUUCCAGCGCUGGGCGGAGAGCUCUCCUCCUCCUCUCCGCCUCCGUUACGUCCCGCCGGCUGAAUGCGCACGCGCGGCAAGAGCUGCGCGCGCAUUCAGCCGGUCUCAUAGGAAAGCAUUUACAAUGCUUUCCUAUGGACGCUGGCGUGCUCUCACUGUGAUUUUCACAGUGAGAAGCACGCAAGCGCCUCUAGUGGCUGCCAAUGAGACAGCCACUAGAGGAUUAGGGGGAAGGCUUAACCCAUUCAUAAUUAUAGCAGUUUCUCUGAAACUGCUAUAAUUAUGAAAAAAUGGGUUAACCCUAGAAGGACCUGGCACCCAGACCACUUCAUUAAGCUGAAGUGGUCUGGGUGCCUAGAGUGGUCCUUUAAAUGUUACAUUUACCUUGCCAAUUUUAGCUACAUGAUUAGUCACAAGAUUUUAACAAAUGUGCCUGUUUCUUUUUAGCUACUACACGUUUUUUCUAAGAGAGCCAAGGAAUAAUAAAGGAACUGUAUCUGCACACUAGAAUGUACUUUCCCUUGAUGUUUGUUUCAUUUCUUGUUAAUGAUGGUGCAGCUAUGUAAAAUUUCUUUAUUUUAAUUUCCAGGGGUGGUAUCAGAGUGUCAGCAGGAGAGAUCUCAGCUGAAAAACAAAGAGAAGGCAAUGCAGGUUCUUCGUGCAAAACUAUACAGCAUGAAACUUGAAGAAGAAACUACAAAACGGUACAAUGCAAGAAAGGUCCAGGUAAGCCCACUUAUAGUAAUUAUACCUUUGUGAGAUAGACUGGUGUUUCUAUGUAUGUUUGAAUUGUGUGUCUUCCCUUACAUCGGAACCUCUUAAUCCAUGGCCAAUAUCACAAUCUGGAUCCUAAAGACUCUUCGUCAGCAGUUUACAACCCUGCCAGAGUUAAAUUAAAGGAACACUACAGUCACCAAAACAACAUUAGCUUAAUUAAGCAGUUUGGGUGUAUAGAUCAUGCCCCUGCAGUCUUGCUGUUCAACUUUCUGCUAUUAAGUAGUUAAAUUACUUUUGUUUCUGUUUAUGCUGUCCUAGCCACACCUCCCCUUGUUGUGACUCACACAGCCUGCAGGAAAACAAAAUGGUUUCAUUUUCAAUCAGAUGUAACUUACUUUAAUUUUAUCUCCUGCUGUGUAAAUUGAACUUUAAUCACACACAGAAGAUUCCUGCAAAGUCUAGCAAGCUUUUAACAGAGGAGGAGAUAACAAAUUCAAAAUAAAAGAGAAUUAGUAAUAAAGGAAGUGUAAACAUUAUAUGACUCUUUACAGGAUGUUUUGAGGAAGGCUGUGUAGGUCACAUGCAGGGAGGUAUGACUGAGGCUGUAUAAACAAAGUGAUUUAACUCCUAAAUGGCAGUGAAUUUAGCAGUGAGACUGCAGGGGCAUAAUCUAUACUCCAAAAUGGCUUCAUUAAGCUUAAGUUGUUUUGGUGACUAUACUGUCGCUUUAAUGGUGCAUUCAAUUUUAGUCUUGGAUCUUUGAAGGUCAAUUUGCUAUGAAGAAAGAUUGUUUUUUAAAGCGACACUAUUGGCAACCAGACUACUUCGUCUUAUUAUCUAUAGCCCCCUUCCUAUGGAUACUUGCCCUGCCUCUUGUGUGCUUUCUGUGCACCAAGUUGUGGCCCAUGUUACUCUUGCUGUCCUGGUUUGGUGGUAGCCUGGGUGAAUGCAUAUUCUAUGGCAUGAGUCCCACUUCUGGGGGAAGGUAAGUCGGGAUACACGACGGACUAUUGGCCCUGGCUAAGAGGCUGAAGUGGAGAAGUACUUGGUGAGGGCUCUGGCCGUGCCCCGGAGUGGAUUCCAUCUUUCCUGGGGAGAGUGUUGAUGGCCAGUGCUGCCAGGGUUUUUGAGGGAUUGCAGUUUUCUGGCUUAUUUACUAGUGAUUUGUGCGUGUGGUUUUGCUAUUUUUUUUUAAUGCUGUCUGUUACCACAUUUUUGCUCCCUGGAGCUCAAAUGAACUGGUUAGAUUUUUCUGUACAGUAUAUUGGAAUUAUGCAUUUCUGUUUGCAUUAUUUUACUUUGACAGGAAUAUUGUGCUAGCAAUCUCAUUUAUUAUUUUACAUGUAUAUAUCGUGACCGCUCUUUCUUCCAACUCAUAUGUUUGCAGCAUAUGCUACUUAAUAUAUUGCUUUAAAAGGUACUUGCCAUGCCAGUUUGUGCUCUGCAAUAAUGAAUAUUCUUUUCAAUCUUUCUAUAAAUCAUGCUAGCCAUUGUAUAGGUUUAGAGAUAACGCUCCACCUCUUUACCUCUGUCUCUGUAUAUCGUACAUUCUCCUCUAAUCGUAUAGCGCUGCAGAGCACAUUGGUGCUUUAUAUAAAAUCAAUAGAAUUAUUGUUUAACAAAUACAAAUAUUUUGUACAUUAUGUGGGGGGGGGGGGUGUCUAGCCGCCAAAGAAAAUGAUUGCAUAAUCUAACAGCUCCUCGUGGAACCUGUGAAAAAUGCCUCAACAGCGCACCUCUCCAAGCCCAUCGCUGCAAAUGAGCUGUACAAAGAGGCCGACAGAAGCCGCUGGUACCCUAAAACCGCCCGGGUCCAGUGGAGAGCCAUCCAUUCGCUUCUUCCUCACUGGGACCCGUCAUUGUGGCGGGAGCAGGAGGCCACAAGACCUACUCCUGACUCCCUCCCACUUACCCCAACGAGGUUCUCGCCUACGCCCUCCCUCUCAACAGAGGCUUCAGGGAUGCUUGAAGGGUAAACUGCGGGCCAUCAUCCCCAGCCUACUCAUCAAGGCGGACUUCGAGGCCCUGUCACCACCUACAUCACCACCAGCUCGUCAACUGCUGGAGAGCAUUACACCCAGCGGCGCAGGACUAUACCUUCUACUCUACAACACAUGCCACUUACACAAGGUUAGACCAUUUCUUCGUUCCCCACUGCAACCAGAGUCGGAAAUCCUACCGAUGACCUGGUUUGACCAUUGCCCCCUCUGCUUGCGGUUACGCUCGCCCCUGUACCGGCCCCGCCAAACUUCAUAGCGUCUGAACGAAUCCAUCCUCUCGGACACACUGCUGUUGGAAACGGCGAGAAAGACCCUGCAGGAUUACUCUGCAAGACGGGAGUCACUACUCCCCUGAUAUGCUGGGAGACACACAGGGAACUAAAAUGUUCCCCAGGGAACUUACAUGAGACACUCAAAGACCCCGAAGGACUCUGGAUGUGCGGACAAUACGGCACCUCUCUCAGCACUCCCAUACCGCAUUCGGCUAUCGACUGCAAGUGUUAACACCUUUCAUUAGAUGAGCAAGUGGUGGGUUUAAUCACAACAGGCACACAGAGAAGGGUAAUGAUGAUACGCAGAGAAAGGUUAGAAACCUGGCAUUCCAGCAACUGAUUUUCAUAUACUGCACAAUUUAUGCUUCUUCCCUUAGGUGGGAAAAAUGUUACUUCGAUAACGGUUACAUAAGACCUCUGUGCAGGUCACCUGUUCUGAUAUGCUAAAGUGUAUUGCUUCACUCAAAUACUAUGUUCAUUAACAACGCAAUAAAGACAAUCUUAAUACAAAUACUUGUACAUUAUAUUUGUAAUAUAUUGAGGGAACUAAACCUGAUUAGCCUAAGUUAAAAUAUGCAUUACAGCAUCAUGUACUGAUGCAAAUUUGAUAUUGUUCUAUAUCUUGCAAUAUCAUACAUUUUGCUUGGUUGGAUCAUUCUGUACAAUAUAUUGCAUUAUGCUUUGCGUUAUUUCCCUGUGCAGUAACACGGCACUAGCAUAUUAUAUCUCUUAGCUAGUAAGUGUGCCGGCCUGAUGACCGAGAGAUUGUGACUGCUCUUACUUUACACUCACAUGCUUGCAGUAUAUGCUACUUAAUAUAUUGCUUUAAUGUGCUAAUGACAAUUUGAUAUUGAUCUGUAUCUACCACUAUUAUAGCACUCUGCUGUGUAUCUGUUACUUUAUAUACUGAUAUAGUACAAUCUUAUUACAUACAAAGAUGAAUUAAAGAUGGCUGCCCGAAGGGUGUACGGGUAAGCCAGGAGAUGACCUGAAAUGAUGUAUUUAUUUAUGUGUAUUUACACAGAGGCUGUAAUGCAUAUAAUAUUUUAUUCAGGAACAAUAAAAGCCAGUUUUUCUUUAAGGUUUAGUAAAGGUAUAGGUAUUUGGAAGUUUUUAAUUUCACAUAUAACUUCCAUUCACUUACAUAUCUCAUAUCAAGCACUGCUUAAAAAGCCAUGUGUUUGUUUUAUUUAUUUUUAAACGCUAAUGUUGGUAAUGAAUUGUCCCACAUAGUUGCAGUUUCUCUUAAAUUGGAUAUUAAAGGGUUACUCCAUGCACCAUGAUCACUUCAGUCAUUUGGUUUGGUCAUGGUUAUUGGAGUCUGUAUGUGCAGUGUUUCAGUAUGAAAUGCUACAGAAACAGAGAUAUUUUAUCUCUCCCAGAAGUGUAACUCUCCUCUGGCAGUGUCAUCCAUAUGUAGUUGGCAUAUUCCAUGGACAGAGGGUCAUUUGUUGGCUUAGAGCGAUCAGCUAAAACUUUCAGCCAAUGAAUGAAUGACUGGUGGGAUUGACAUACAGCUUUUGCAACUCUGCUCAACAGGCGGCUAGGUGCCCAGGCAGGGUUUCAGGUAACAGGCCAAAUUGUUGCAAAAUGUUUUGGGGUAUCUCCUAGCACUCUAAUCACCACUUAAAGGAAUUCUAUAGCGUUGGUAAUACAAACCUGUACCCCUGUUCAUAGUUGUAGUAAGAUGUGUGUGUCUUUUUCGGCACUGCUCACCUCUCCGUCUCCCACAACGUCAUCGAGAAGGCAUGCUCCUCAUAGAUGAGCAUUAAGGACCUAAUGCACUUUGCAGAGAGAUCCAUGCACGCAUUCAAGGUUCACUAUAGUAAAGCAUUGUAGUCAACAGGCCACUGCACCCAGUCCACCUUAUUGAGAUGAAGUUGUCUGGAUGACUAGUGUCCUUAUAAAUGGCCAGAUUUCAUUUCUUAGCCGUUAAAUGCCUAUAUCCAUUCUCCCCUCAGUGCUGCCAUUUUCUUCUACUUUAGAAAGAAAAUUCCUGCUUUUCCCAACCGUUGGCAGUAUGUGACUGUUACUGAACAAGGUGUGCCUAUUGACACUCGUGCACAAAUAAAAAGGCAUCCUGCCACUCUAACUGCUGCAAUUCACAUGGCAAUUUGCUUUAUUUAUCAGUAGACCCAAUUUGGCCCAAAUUAAAUAUGCUUAUCAGUGGAUAAUUGGCAACCUUCCCCAUGUAGCCAGAUAGGAUAGUCUCAUGUAAUUACACUUGAAUGUUGCAAUUUGAAUGCUAACUCUGAGCCUAGUAAAUUACACUUUAAACUGAUUAAAUAGCACAAGCCACUGUUUUCAGUGACUAGGUAAAAAUGCUGUUUCAAUGUACGUUCCUUUUGUCCUAUUGUUCAGCCUCUCACAAGGAAAUAAUGUAUGUCUCAUCUACAUAUCAAUAAAAAAAAUCCUCAAAACAAAAGACGGGGAAUAGCUAUUUUAUGUCUUAAAUGGCCGUUUCCUCCCCCCCCCCCUUUCCAGUUUAUUUAAUGAUUCAUUUAAAGAACUGUUCCCUUAAAAAAAAAAAAAAUUUUGAAAAGUAAAGCCGUACAUAGUAUUUAAAAAUGUUUGUUGGAAAGCAUACCAGAUAUUGCAUUUCAUGUUGGUAUAAGAAUGUCUAUUUAACAGCCAUUUGCACGUGUCCAUAAGACCUUUAAAGGACCACUGCCCCCACCCUCAGGGUCCCCCUCCCACGGGCUCUGGGGAGAGGAAGGGGUUAAAAUCUUACCUUUCUCCAGCGCCGGGCGGGGAGCUCUCCUCCUUCAUAGCAACGUCAUCGGCAGCAUGCGCGGCAGGAGCCGCGCGCGCAUUCAGCCAGUUCAUAGGAAAGCAUUUACAAUUUUUUCACAGUGAGAAGCACGCAAGCGCCUCUAGUGGCUGUCAAUGAGACAGCUACUAGAGGCUCUAGAGGCUGGAUUAACCCUAUUAUAAACAUAGCAGUUUCAGUUUAUAAAAAAAAAAAAGUUAACCCUAGCUGGACCAGGCACCCAGACCACUUCAUUAAGCUGAAGUGAUCUGGGUGCCUAUAGUUGUCCUUUAAGUACACAUUACGUUCAAGUCCAAGGAUCAAAACUAUUUAACAUAAUGACCCUUUAAUAAAGUUUUGAAAGGAAAUUUUUUUUUUUAUUUUUUUUUUUUUAAGUGAAAUGUAUGUAAAUAUAUGAGGACAUAAGUUCUAACACAAGGCUCCCUUCUUAUCACCUGCAACUCUGGAUUGGGUGGAACCUAGACCCCUGGUCUAUUUACUGUUCCUACCUUGAUUAAUAUGGGCCCUAAUGGAUGCUCAUUCCCCUGGUUCUAUAUAAUGAUUAUUAAAAAUAUAUAAAAAUGUUACACUUAAUACAGCAUUGUUAGUUGAGGCAUCUAACACUAUUCUCCUAAACAUAAUAUACACAAAAAUAAAAACACACAGCUUCUUAUUAAGUAAACCACUACACUGCACUAAUUAUUAGAGCGAAAAUACAGCCCAAAUAAAUUUUUUUCUGGUUAGACCUAAUUUGACAUUUUAGGGAUAUUACCAGUCAAUAACUGGUAGCCCUUAAAGCUUUUCAUUGCUUGUUGGAUCCUAGUUUAAAUUUUCCUUUAGAAGUUAUUUGAACUAUUGGAGGUUAUUAAAGGUAAUUAAAUGCACUCUAUUGAUCCAGUUCAACAGGCCCUUUAGGAAUUCAAUUCAUAGAAAAGAUGCUAUCUUAACUCUGGCUAGGAGCACAGACGUUUUGCCUAUAAGUGCUCCUUUUUACGAAUCCAGCGAUGAGAAAUGUUUCUUUUGCACGGCCUUCAACAUUAUUGGUUUUUGUCUAACACUGGGAUUCCAACUGUAAUUUUUGAUACUAGAGCUGGGUGUGACAGUCUAACACCUGGCAAAGGAGCACUAUUAAAAUAAACAAUUUAAUGCACAUAACCCGAAAUAAAAAAUGCAUAUUGGUUUGCAAUUACUGCAGAUCUAUUUGUAGGUACUCAAAGCCCUCCCCUUCUUCCCCAGCACAACUUUCUAUGGCUGUCCAAUUAUAGGCUUCUCGAUGACCUGUGUUACAGCUUAGUUAAUGAUUGAAGAAAAUACAUUAAAAACUUGUUCUUAGUUUACCUUGGGGUGAACAAACUGAAAUGUAUAUAUUUUGAUUACUUUGUCAUGAUGAAGAUUUUUAGAUAUUGUGUCCCUUAAUGGCAAGCGGGAAGGAUCCCUACAUAUGUUAGCAGAAAGUGUUCAUCGAUUAUCAGUUAUUAACAUUUGCUUGUUACUUUUGGCUAAACCGAUCCCACUGAGGUAAUAUUUUUGCAAACUGUUUAUAUAUGUAAAUAUGAAAGAUGAAAUAAUUAAGCUCUAAAAUGCAUUUACAACAGUUAUAACUUGUGAUUGUGUUGCAAAGGUUCUACUCUAAAAAUCUUUAGAUAAUGUUUUUUUUCCCUUUUGCUUUUCUCCUAGAUUGGCACCAGGGGCAGAUCUGAAAAAAUUAGAACCUAUAACUUCCCUCAAGACCGUGUUACAGACCAUCGAAUUGGCAAAUCUUUGCAUGACAUAGAAGGGUUUCUCUUUGGUGAAGAACUUUUAGAUGAGAUGAUCCAAUCUCUCAGCGAGUUUUCAGAUUAUGAAUCUCUUCUGGAAAUUAUUUCAGAACCUUCUACAGAACAUAUGUGAAUAAAUGCAUGGACUUUAUUAUUAAAUUACCACUUCUUUGUAAUUGCAUUUGACUGUUCUUUCCAAAAAAAGGCUUAGAAGUCUGCAAGCGGCACGGUCAUGCCAAACUUGCCUCACAGUAAGAGAAAUGAGUAUUGUGGGAAAAGAUCUUUGACCACAGAAAAUGGAGCGGACUUAAGCUCCUCCUUGGGUGAAAGCUGGUCAAGCAUAGAAAAAAAACAUAAGACAAAUUCAUCACGAACCCAUGCCACAUCUGGUCUUUUCCUGCAGGAGAAAUCAGAUAUUUCUAUAUAAGAAAGCACAGCCAAUACAGGAUUAUGCUUGUUGGCUCAUAUGGCACAGUAACGAAUGAGUGUGGCCCUUCUUAGCUUUGUAGAGCUAAUAGGUAGGAAAAGAUCAAAAGAAGGCUGUAUUGUUUUACGAGUUUAAAGUGUUCUUUGAAAG